AGAUGAACCAAAGUGUGUUCAUAGUGAUGAAGUGAGGUGAACCCCGAGAUGAUGUGCCGCUAUGACUGCCGUGACUACACUGCUACGCUGGAGGCCCGUCCGUCCACAAGGCUUCUAGUUGAGCGGCAAGCCGCAACACUGUUCGUCGUCUCCGCUCGGGAAGCAAAUCACCAGUAUUUGACCGCGUAGCCGGCACACGGUGCUUGUGGAGUGACAGUAUCUAAUUUUCCUAUCAAGUGACGUUUUCAAAACCUGAGUGGAUUCGUAUGAUUGACUGCAUCGUGCUGGAUUUGUUUCUCAAACAAUCCCUAGGCGCGGACUACUGCAUUGAUCCCAUCUCGUUGAAGGAAGUGCUCACGGCGUGGAAGCAAUGCCUGGGACUGUCGCCCGGCCCCUCAGAGAGCGGAGUCCUUUCGUCGGAGAGCUGCAGUGACGCGCCCCAUACGCCAAAGUUCACAGUGAUCAAAACUUGUGGACUGAUUCUUCCCGACUCGUCAGACACAUUUGAAGAAUGGACAAGCCGCUCUCGGUAGACCCUGAUCUGCUGGUUGUGUGUCUUGCUAGUCGCGGUAUCGACCUCGUGCACAUAAUUGCCUGGAAUUAAUGGGUUUAUAUGAAACAACAUAAGUGUGGAAAGUUGUUUGACAAUGGAUUUUUGAAAUCAAACAUUGUUCAUCUAAGCCGGCGUGAAUAUCGGAGAAACUUCAAGACCAUGUAACAGUCACGUCGUUCGGAUGGUUGGCGAGGAAUCGCCUGAUGUGUGGAGGAGACUAUUGACUGAAAUGAUUGAGAGACUGUAACAAACCAAGGAACGUUUGUUGAGAUUUGUCGGCGAUGGGGAUAGCAGACCAGUGUUCCCGGCUCAUACUUCUCCUGGUGUGUGUGCCUCUGACCUGCAGGGUGACCCGUGCGGUUGAUAUCCGCGCGAAUGUGACCUCACCAAAGAUUAUCACAGCCUUUAUUGCAGGUGAGAUAAUGCUUGGUGGACUGUUCCCUGUGCAUCAGAAAGGCGACGGAGAACAUGCAUGUGGGGCGAUCAACAUUGACAGAGGUGUGGAACGUCUUGAGGCCAUGAUGUUUACUAUUGACGAGAUCAACCGCAACAAAAGUGUUCUUCCGGGGAUAAGGCUAGGAGCAUCCAUAUAUGACACGUGUGCUCGAGCUACAUAUGCUUUGGAACAAUCUCUUGAAUUCAUAAGAGCAUCUUUUACAUCUCUAGAUGCAUCUGAAUUCGUUUGUCUUGAUGGAUCAACAGCCAGGGCUAAGACAAUACCAACGGCAGUGGCAGGAGUGAUAGGAGGGUCAUACAGCACCGUGUCCAUGCAGGUGGCAAACUUGCUCCGGUUGUUCAAACUUCCCCAGGUAAGCUAUGCGUCCACCAGUGCAGCUCUCAGUGAUAAAACAAGGUUUGAUUACUUUGUACGCACGGUUCCACCUGACGACCUGCAGGCCAAGGCUAUUGCGGACAUUGUCCAAGAGUUUAACUGGACCUACGUGUCCACAGUCGCUUCCGAAGGAGAGUAUGGGGAAUCCGGUAUUGAUGAAUUUCAACAAGAAGCUAAAGCUAGAAAUAUAUGCUUGGCUGCCACUGUGAAAAUAGUCGGCAAUGCUAACAACAGCACCUUUGAUAAAGUCAUAUACGAACUGCUUCAGAAGCCCAAAGCAAAUGUUGUGAUCGUGUUUUGUAGGGUGGAACAUGCCAAAGGGUUGUUGGAUGCGGCAACUAGACAAAACCAUUCUGGUAGAUUUAUAUGGAUAGCCAGCGAUGCUUGGGGACGAAAUGACGCUCCAGUUAAGAGGAAUAAUUUGGCAGCCCAAGGUGCAAUAACUUUAGAACUUCAGUCAACCCCGAUAAAGGUAUUUGAAAAUUACUUUAUUGGACUUGAUCCUCAUUCUAAUAAACGUAAUCCCUGGUUCAAAGAAUAUUGGGAAUCUGUUCACAAGUGCAAAUGGCCAAGUAGUAAGACCUUCAGACGAGAUGUGGGCAACAUCUGUACUGGGUAUGAACCUUUUGACAGAAAGCUCACCCAACAGGAAGGAAAAGUGCAGUUUAUAUAUGACGCUGUGUAUGCUAUGGCCUUGGCUCUGGAUAAGAUGCACCGGGAGCUGUGUCCACACACAGACAAACUGUGUCCUGCAAUGGCAAAGAUUGAUGGGGAAACACUCCAUAAGCAGUUUCUUCAAAAUGUGUCUUUUCAGGAUGGAUACGGUGCCAAAAUAAGCUUCGAUAAGUCUGGCAACGCCCCUGGACGCUAUACCAUCAUGAACUUCCAGAGAAACAGAACCACUCGCCAGUACGAGUACAGAGAGAUAGGACGUUGGGCCAGCACCCUGGAACUUGACAUGGAGAAGAUCAUCUGGGCAGGUGGAACAUACGACGUCCCCACCUCCAGAUGUAGCGAGCCCUGCAAAGAGGGUCACAUCAAGAACAUGCGCUCUGGAGACCAGUGCUGCUGGAUUUGCACCAAGUGUCUCCCUUGGGAGUACGUGAAGGAUGAGAAGACGUGCGACCCAUGUGCGGACGGGAAAUGGCCCUACGACAACAAGACUGGUUGUUUCCCUCUCGAGAUCGAACACAUGACCUGGAAUACGUUAUUUGCCAUUAUUCCCAUCUGUUUGGCAGGUGUGGGAAUUCUCGCAACUUCCUUCACUAUCUCACUAUUCGUCAUGUUCAACGACACUCCCGUUGUUAUGGCUUCUGGACGAGAGCUGAGUUACAUGUUGCUUUGCGGGUGCCUCUUCUGCUAUCUGAUGACAUUUGUACUGCUUGCAAUGCCCUCAUCAGCUGUUUGCGCCUUCCAAAGAUUUGGUGUUGGGUUUGGAUUUUCAAUUGUAUAUUCAGCACUUUUGACUAAAACAAAUAGAAUUUCAAGGAUAUUUGAAAGUGCAAGGAAGUCUGCCAAAAGACCUCCUUUCAUAAGUCCGAAAUCACAGAUUGUGAUAGCGGGGAUCCUUAUUUCAAUACAAGUACUUUUUACCUCAGUAUGGCUUCUACUAGAGCCCCCAGGGACCAAGCUAUUCUACCCAGAUGAGAAGAAAGCACAGAUUAUUCUUAAGUGUAAAAGUGAUGACAUCUCAUUUUUAGUUUCCUUAGUGUAUAAUAUGCUUCUUAUUAUAAUAUGUACGGUAUAUGCCGUGAAAACGAGGAAGAUUCCAGAGAACUUCAACGAAUCUAAAUUCAUUGGAUUUUCCAUGUACACAACGUGUAUUAUAUGGUUGGCAUUUGUGCCGAUCUACUUCGGAACACUGAAUUCAUUUAAGAUUCAGAUCACAACGUUGUGCGUGUCUAUCUCACUAAGUGCUACGGUUGCCUUGCUCUGUCUGUUUCUGCCAAAGGUGUACAUAAUCGUCUUCCAGCCACAAAAGAAUGUUCGAAAACUUACAAUGAACUCUGCCAGUUACAAGAUGGCGCCCACCGGAUCUACCGGAACAUCCAACAACUAUGCCCCCUCAUCGGAGCAUAUUCGACUGAACGUGCAACAGAGAUUUGGCGCCGGGACUACGACGGAAACGGAAACCGACAGAGAUAGUCUUGCCUCGCUUUGAAUCAAAAUAUGUACCGGACAAAAUGUUUUCCUUAAUUUUGAUUGGGUAACCGUGUGUGUAGGAAGCGAGAGGUGAUUAUAAAUUGUUAUAAAAGUGCCAAUAUGCGUGUUGCCUGAAGAUGGUGAAAAGGCAGAAAGGAUGUUGUGUUUACCAUUUGAGUGGAUGUCCUAAGAGAAGCCUGACGCAAAUCCAAUUCCGUAGUGUAGCGUAGCAAUAAUUUAACAAAACGGCAAACCACUUAAGUAUACUCACCUGUUUAUACACAUUUGCCUCUCGACACUCUUAGAAUUAUGUAUCACAUACUCUAUAUUUCUAUUUAUGUGUUGACCGUUUCGUAUUGCUCAAUGUUCUAAGUGACCCCUUACAGAAUCUUGAACAUACAGGACCGGUCAAUACAUAAUUUAAUGAUAGUAUUUUCAUAUUGUUUCUCGUUACAUACAAGAAGAUAUUUUGAUAUGGACCAAGCACAUGAUGUUUGAUGUUUCUGACACUGUAUAUUAUUAAUACUGACAUUUAAAGCAUUACUAUGUUGUACAUAGCUUGUUAAUGUUUAACUAUAUUGUAAAAAAAUAUUAUAUAUUGUUUUGUAAAGUGACAUCGAUAUUGUUGUAUUAAGUUUUCAUUGUUGAAUGUGAGGCGUGAGUUUUAUGGUGUGUUACAGGCACGGAUGGUUUGGUGCCAAUAGGAAAACAGAUUUCAUAAUUAUUUGUCAGUGAAUUUACUUGCUAGAAUCUGUGACAUACUUCUCUGUGAUGGAAAACAUGUUUGUAAGCUUAACAGUUUUUUACAGAAUUAAUUGUACAAAGUGAUUUGAUACCAUUAUUUCAGCUAAAAUUCGUCUUACACGCUUGUUGGCAUAUUGAAUUGAUAUACAAUGAUAUUGCCCUAUGCUUACAGAAGCCCAGUGUAUGGCAGCACCCAAACACUAGCCGCGAAGUCAAACUUUGAACUCUAAACAGGUUAUCGUACUGUGUUUCUGCUCGUUUUCUGUCCAAAUGAUUAAUAUAACCGACACCAGAAGGAGUCUACGCCCAAUUUUGUCGGACUGUGUUGUUUUGUGGAGUAAAGGUGUGUUUAUAUGCCCUUCCCAUAGUCAGUAUGCGGUGCCCACCUGCUAGCUCCCUUAGUCCCGUUGCCAUAGUAACGGCAGCAUCGACAACCACAGUAUGAGAAUCUUCCCGCUGCUUAGCACAAGAGACCAGGUAGAAGUCCAACACAGUAGACGUUGUUAUGUUCGAAGCUAGUUCAAUGGCGCCACAGUGCUAUUUCACAGUCACUUGGUGCUACUAUCAUGUGAUUAUCUCCGUACAAAAUGGGCGAACAAUCAUUUAUUGUAUUUUUGUGUUCCAUAUUUGACACGAAGUAAACAGAUAAGUUCUAAA